CCCACACUCUGCCUCGUGUGCCCAAACAUCAGAUUCCCGUCCGUCGUUCUCUUGGACCAAAGCACAGGUACCAACCGCAACCCCACGACGCUUUCUCUUUUGCGCGGCUCUCCCUUGCCAUACUUUGAGAUUGCCCAUCUCUAUCCGUACUCUGUAGGUCUCUUGAAUAUCCCCUGCUGUUUCUAUUGUGCCUACGGACUUUCAUCUAGUACCGUGGCCCGUGGCACUGACGUCUUUCCUUCCCUCUCUCCCUUUGCUUUGGCUCUACCAAAUCCACCGACUCGCGAGGAACGCGAAUUACAGCGGCCCGCUACAGUGUCUCACCACCACCUCUGGAACUUUUUUCUCUCAUCCUCACCUACCUACCUCGCCUACCUACUCACUGCUACUGUUGUGGUUUCCCCCUCCCCUUGUUUACCUCGUCAUUCUGUCUCUGCAUCUUGAAGAAAAAGGAGAGACGAGACAUUCGACACGCGACAAGAGCCCACGUACGAUUGACGCCGCCCCCUUGGGAACUAAUCACCGUUAGGCUCCGGCCGACUUUGUCUCUAGCACCUUUUUUGCUAAUCGCCCGCCUUGAACCAGAUCGCUUUCUCUCUCUUCUUAGUUUGGGCCUUCAAAACCAGCCUUCUCGGGGGCCACCUGUGACUACCUAGCCCGGUCUCAAUCGCUUCUACCUCAGCUCGACGACGACAAGCCGUAUCCGUCGUCCCCCACCGCCUCUGUCCCUCUUCAGGUCGCUCGCCCUCAACUCCAGGAUCCCCUCUUCAACCAGCUGCCCGCUGCUCGCUGCCCGCUGCCCGAGCACCAAGGGAAAAAGAGACUUUCCAGCCCGAGAAGUCAAUUUCCCGCCAACCGAACAUUUCUCUGCCUGACGACAGCAGGCAUCGGAUCAGAGACGAACCACCACCGCGCCGACGCCGAACUACCGCCAAUCCCACCGCGCUGACGAACUUUCGGACCCCUCGCAACCCCGCGAUCCUCUCCUUCGCGACAGGCGACAGCUCCCGACAGGUCAGCCUUCUGUUGUUGCGCGGCGUCAAUUGAACGACCGAUCCUUUCUGCUGGGAACACCCCACCCUCCUUUCGCAGCGCUAGACCGUAAUCAUGGGCGAUCGCGAUAGGGAUAUCGAGGAGGGCAACGAGGCGCUUGAUCCCGAGCUGCUCUACACCAAGGAAUACUGCAUCGGUGGAGGAAGCUUUGGCAAGGUCUACAAGGGAGUCGACAAGCGCACCGGUCAUGCCGUAGCCAUUAAGAUUAUUGAUAUCGAGAGCGCCGAGGAUGAGGUCGAAGACAUUAUCCAGGAAAUCGCCAUCCUGUCCGAACUGCAGUCCCCCUAUGUGACGAAAUACUACGGCUCGUAUGCCAAGGGGGCGGAGCUAUGGAUUGUCAUGGAGUUUUGUUCUGGUGGAAGCUGCGCAGACCUCAUGAAGCCAGGUCUGAUUGGCGAAGACUACAUUGCCAUCGUUAUUCGCGAGCUGCUACUCGGUCUCGAUUACUUGCACACGGACAAGAAGCUGCACCGCGAUGUCAAAGCUGCCAAUGUGCUACUCAGCUCCAACGGGCAGGUUAAACUCGCGGAUUUUGGCGUUUCGGGUCAGCUCUCGGCUACCAUGACGAAGAAGAAUACUUUCGUCGGCACACCCUUCUGGAUGGCCCCCGAGGUAAUCAAGCAGUCAGGGUACGAUCAUAAAGCUGACGUCUGGUCGCUUGGUAUCACGGCGCUGGAGCUUGCCAACGGCGAGCCACCAUAUGCUGAUAUUCACCCCAUGAAGGUGUUGUUUUUAAUCCCCAAGAACCCUCCGCCACGGCUGGAAGGAAACUUUACAAAAGCAUUCAAAGAUUUCAUCGAGGUGUGUUUGCAGAGGGACCCCAAGGACCGGCCUACGGCCAAGGACCUGCUCAAGCAUCCGUUUAUACGCCGCGCGAAGAAAACGAGCUACCUAACCGAGCUCAUCGAGCGCCACAGCCGGUGGGCUGCGACGCACAAGGGCGACGAUGACGAGAGUGACCAAGGGGGCGAAGAAUACUACGAGCGCCGGCAGGUCGACGAGGACAUGUGGGAUUUCGGCACAGUGAGGCUUGUGGGAGAUCGCGGCGGCGUCGUUCCUCGUCCCGGACUUGGUGCCCUGGACGAGUCUGCCACUAACGCCAGAGCGGCGAGAUCUACGGAAAGCAUAGAUGAUUACGGAGAGCGUUCGAGAGACAGCAGUCCGACCAAGAUUCGCGACUUCGGCCGAGACCUCGCCAUCGCCUCUGAUACCCUCAAGGCGGCUAGUGCCAACACGGGGACCUCUCGACAGGCAUCGCCGCAACGGAAGCCAGUACCGUCAGUUGCGCCUGCGCCCCAGUCGCCGGCCAAGGUGCCUCUUCCAAUGUCGCCUGAGAAGUUGCAAAGAGGAGGAGGGGGUCCAGAGACGCCGCGGCCCAUCUCUCGAUUGAUUCCUCCUGCCGUCCCGGUCAGCCAAUCUCCGGACUACGACCGAGAAUUGCAGGUUCAGUUGCAGAAGGACAUGGGCUUGAUGAGUCUAGGCCCUGUCAUUCAGCCCGCCGACUUGCAACACCUCGACGAUGCUACACCCCCGCGGCCCCCUCUCCAUGGGCCUCGGCCAAACAACAAGUUUGCACCGAUUACUCUUCCAGAAAUCCCACCAUACCGCGGCAGCCCGCAGGCACAACAAACGCCGGUCAGGAUACCGAGUCAAACUCCGAAUGGGCAAUAUCGCCAACCGUCUGGACAGGCGGCGCCGCCUCCACCACCGAAGGCGUACGCGCUGCCCUCAAAGACGCAGACACCUACUCCUGAACCCGCGGCUCCUUCGUCCUUUCCCCCGCCAGCGCCGUCUAACCCCAAUGGGGAGCUGGACGCCUUGAACGAUGUCAUUUUCCCUGCACUCGAGGAGGCGCUAAAGAGGAGACAAAUUAGGCUGCAACAGGCAUUCCGACCUCAACAGGGUUCGUCUAGCCUCGUGGCCAUGAACCAGGUGACACCAAAGCAGCAACGAGCAGAGGCGGCUCACGAGAAGCUGCGGAAGCUCGUAUAUAAGCUCGCUCAUGUGUGUAAAGAGAUUGACCACUACGACAAGGCGGAGCCCGUGGGUAUGGGUAGGGACGUUGGCACGUUCCUCGAGGGGCUGUUGGAGGAAAUUCUCGUCAGGGUUGAACCCCUCGACGAGGAGGAUGUUGCGGCGUGAACCGUAUGAUGGUCCAGGCAGCUGUGUGUGAGGCGGAACGACAGACAGGGGUAAUGCUUGGUGGGGCACUAGACGAGCACAUGCUCGCUCGCGAGUCGUCGCCGCCGCCUGACCGGCGAGGUGGGAUGGAAGAUGGGAACGGGCUGCCCCGUUGACGACACGACAAUACACGGGGUUCUGGAGGAAAUCUAUCGCCCCUAUGCGAAAACGAAGAGACUUAUUACAUACGAUGCAAAGGGCCAAAGGGAGGAAAACCGGGGUUGAUGGAAUACGGAAAUGACAAAGAUGACAAGACGACGGAUAUGACAUGACGGAUAGGACAUAUACACAUACACAUACACACACUUGGCCCGUUCCCCUUCUCGUCUUUUGACUCGGAACUGGGAAGGAAACAACGGGUGGCGAGUCCGGGGUUUGAGGAAUAGAGGAUGGGAUGGGGAGGGAAGGGGACGCAGGAGUAAUUCACAAG